CCUGUCAACCUUCCAGGAUAUAAGGGCAAGCAGUGCUUCAACAAUAAUUUCUGUCGUCUUGUUAACAUCACUCGCGACGGAUAAUUAAUACAGCACUAGCACCUCGACGACUAGAUCAUCUUCUACCUCACGCGUUACAAUUCUAAUAAGUCGACCGGAAAGCCUCAUCCAAGAGAGAAAAGAAAAAAUGGCUGGAGGUACUGUUGUUCAGGGGUCUGCCGACCCUAGCAGGGUCGAAGCCCCUGUUACUAUCAAGGCAUAUCUCAUGUGUGCCUUUGCGGCUUUCGGUGGUAUUUUCUUCGGAUACGACAGUGGUUAUAUCAACGGUGUGAUGGGAAUGUCUUACUUCAUUCACCAAAUCGACGGUCAAGAUGCCACUGCCCUCAGUGGUGACCACAAAUCUCUCAUCACUUCGAUUCUAUCCGCUGGUACUUUCUUCGGUGCUCUUAUGGCCGGUGAUAUUGCCGACUGGACCGGUCGACGAACCACUAUUAUUGGUGGCUGUGUCGUCUUUCUCGUCGGUGUUGCCCUCCAAACUGCUUCAGCCGGUCUAGCUCUUAUUGUAGCGGGUCGUCUAGUUGCUGGUUUCGGUGUGGGUGCCGUUUCCGCUAUUCUAAUUCUUUACAUGUCCGAAAUCGCUCCCCGCAAAGUCCGUGGUGCAUUGGUGUCCGGAUACCAAUUCUGCGUAACGGUCGGUCUGCUCUUAGCGUCAGCUAUUGACUACGGCACUCAAGAUCGAAACGAUAGCGGCUCUUACCGAAUCCCGAUCGCCAUUCAGAUGCUCUGGGCUCUCAUCCUCGGAACCGGUCUCUUCGUCCUCCCCGAAUCCCCUCGAUACUUCGUCAAGAAGGGCAAGCUAGACGCAGCUGCCAAGGUGUUGGCUCGUCUACGUGGUCAGGCCGUUGAGUCCGAUUUCAUUCAGGAUGAGUUGGCUGAGAUUAUCGCGAACCACGAAUACGAGAUGUCCGUCGUUCCGCAGGGUGGUUACUGGAGCUCCUGGGGAAGCUGCUUUAGCGGAUCUAUUUUCAAGAGCAGCAGCAACCUCCGACGAACGAUUCUCGGUACUUCUCUUCAGAUGAUGCAACAGUGGACUGGUGUCAACUUCGUCUUCUACUUUGGUACAACUUUCUUCAAGCAGCUCGGAACUAUCCAGAACCCCUUCUUGAUCUCGCUGAUCACCACCCUCGUCAACGUGUGCUCGACCCCGAUCUCAUUCUGGAGUAUGGAAAAGAUUGGACGUCGACCUCUGCUCCUCUGGGGUGCUCUUGGUAUGGUCAUUUGCCAGUUCAUCGUCGCCAUCACGGGUACAGUUACUAGCGCCGAUAGCGCAGUUAAGGCUAUGAUUGCUUUCAUCUGCAUCUACAUCUUCUUCUUUGCCAGCACCUGGGGCCCUGGCGCCUGGGUUGUCAUCGGAGAGAUCUACCCCCUACCAAUGCGAGCUCGCGGUGUCGCCCUCUCAACCGCCAGCAACUGGCUCUGGAACUGCAUUAUCGCCGUCAUCACGCCCUACAUGGUAGACGAGGACAAGGGCAACCUAGGUGCCAAGGUCUUCUACAUCUGGGGCGGUCUCUGCACUGUCUGCUUCAUCUACGCCUACUUCCUAGUUCCCGAGACCAAGGGACUAACCCUCGAACAAGUCGACCGCAUGUUGGAGGAGACUACACCCCGAACAUCCGCCAAAUGGGUACCUCACUCUACCUACGCCGCCGACAUGGGCUUCACCGAUAAGGUCGCUGUGGCCAACGUCGAGAACGCUUCCAAGGAAGAGGUGUAAGCGAUUAACAACGAUGACGAAGCAAGCAUAAAGGGGGUUUACGGGGGGUUUUGGUAGGCAUAUGUACUCGGCAUUUUCGAAUUUGGCGUAGGCGUUGGCAUAACCAUAAUCAUUAUGGUCAGGACGGAUUUUGGAUACUUCGAACGAACAGAUGAACAGAUAUGUUUUGCUCUAUGCGAUCAAUUGAUCAAUCAAUCAUCUUGAGUGGAACGGUAAUCCGUGCGAGAUAUGUAAUGAUUAGCUUGUGUUGUGCCCACCGACAGCCAUUAUUAUUUUGUUAAACUAGGAGUAGCAAGACGAUCAGAUCAUGAUCGCCUUACCUUCUACUUAUAAAUUUCCACAAUAGAAAGCCAUGCGCUUCUUUCGAACGUCUCGCUCUUCUGUGAUCCUCUAACCAUUUUGCUGAAGAGU